AAAGGCGAAGUGCAGCCCCGACUUCCCCUUCCUACAGAGUGCGAGCUGGAGCGCCCGGAGCUGGAGCCGUCCUCGCUGGGCAGCCUGAGGCAAACAUGGACCAGGAAACGCUGGGCAGUAUUGUCCUGUUGGCCAUCAUCACCCUCAUCAGCGUGGUCCAGAAUGGGUUCUUUGCCCACAAGGUGGAGCAUGAAAGCAGGACCCAGAAUGGGCGAAGCUUCCAGAGGACGGGGACGCUUGCCUUUGAGCGGGUCUACACUGCCAACCAAAACUGUGUCGACGCCUACCCCACUUUCCUCGUGGUGCUCUGGAGUGCAGGGUUACUCUGCAGCCAAGUUCCUGCUGCCUUUGCUGGACUCAUGUACCUGUUCGUGAGGCAAAAGUACUUCGUGGGCUACCUGGGAGAGAGGACUCAGAGCACACCUGGCUACAUAUUUGGAAAACGCAUCAUCCUGUUCCUGUUCCUCAUGUCCCUUGCUGGUAUACUCAACUAUUACCUCAUCCUCCUUUUCGGAAGUGACUUUGAAAACUACAUAAAGACAAUAACCACCACCAUCUCCCCUCUGCUCCUCAUUCCCUAGCUCUCUGCUGACUGUGGGGCCAGUGCCCUCAUCUAAUCAAUACCCGAAGUCAUCAUAACUCAACCCUGUAAGAGACGCAGCUCCUCUUAGCUGCAAAGCUAAUGACCAGCUGGGCUUUCCAGCUGGAGUUAACCUUGCUUUUCCUGGAAGAAAAUAACUGUGUUUCAGCUCCAGCCCUUGAAAAUGGCACUGGCCCCAGAUUGGUUAUUCAGACCCAUUCAGGUCUUCCUUGACUCAUCCUGCUCUCUGAAGACAUCUUGUGAGCAGAUUUAUGUUUUCCUAAAAUAAAAUGCAGAGACAUGU